AAGUACCUCCACAGUAACCAUACUGUAGUAACCAGUCUACGAUUAGUAGACCUUAAUUAACCAGGUUUAAUGAAUCAAACGUUAACUCACUAACUAACAAAAAUAUUACUAUAAUUUUUAAAAAAUUUGAAAGGGGAAAAAUUUGGCCUUUUAUUUAAUUUUUGUAUUUUCAACUAUCGUAUCCUAUAAAACAGCAUUUUCAGCAUUAGUUUCGGUCUACAAUGCAACUGAACUGAAACAACAACAGACUCUCACUCCAACUCAAACCAAAACACCCCCAUUCUACCCAAUCUCCUUGGCCUUCUUCUUCAUCAUCAUCAUCAUCAUCAUCAUCACCAUCUAUUGCAGAAGUUUUAAAACUCCAAAAAUCUUCAUUCCGGGGCUAGCAAUUUUGUGCCUUUUUCACUGUUUUUGAAUAGCAAAGAAGACAAAGCAUCCAGAGUGAUACUGCUCAAAACGUUUUUAUUCUCCUCCCCCUCCCUUUUUUCCUUCUUUUCUCUUUUCCCUUCUGCCUUUUUUGUGUGGUGUUCUUUUGCCUCUGCCUAACUUACAUACAAACAUAGGAAUUUCUUUUCCUGCGGCUUCUUCUGGGGUCUCGUCUCUCUCGUCGUCUAAUUCACUCUUCUGGUGUAAUACCAACACACCAUAUGGGACUCUGUGAUUUCUCUUUCUUUAAUUCUUUUUUUUCUUUGAUGAAAUGAGACUCAUAGCUGCUCACUAGUUUUUGCCUCCACACAGAAAGCUUUAGAAACUUCGCUUUAACUCACUUUUGUAGCAAACAUCUCUUCUUUUUCUGCUACUUUCUUUCUUACCUUUCUCUCCCUUUCUCAAAACCCAGUGUGUGAGAUUUUUUUUUCCCCUUCGUCUCUUAUAUUCUUCUUCCAAAGUGUUAAUUUCAAGGUUUAUCUUUAACCUGCUAUCUUUCUCUUUAUUCCAAGAAUCUCUUCCCACCCCUUUUUUUUUCUUCUUCCCCAUUCACGCUUUUUACCUCCUAAUCCCCCUUUUGCUUUCAAUGCCAAACUGAUUCUCCACCCCUCUGCUCUUCUAUAUAUGAAAAUGGAGCAAGAUAAACCCAGAGACUUGUUGACUAGUAGUGAUAGAAAAGUCAAAUACAGUGAGCACAGAAGCCAAACCACAAUGGUCAGUAAACGUUCUGCUCCGGCUACUCUCGCCGGCAGGAUUAGAAAGUCGCCUGAAAUGAAUGCCGCCGGCCCAAAAGUCGUACGGAUAUCAGUCACCGACGCUGACGCAACUGAUUCUUCCAGCGAUGAGGAUGAGGGCCCUUUGUUUGGGAGGUGUCAAAGGCAGAGAGUAAAGAGGUUCAUCAACGAAGUAAGAAUUGAACAGUUCUGUCCAAGGGAUGACGGUAACGUCGCGGUGGUUAAUGACGCCGAUUCCGGUAACGUUAAAGGCGUUUGGAGGAGUAAGAAACACCCCGGAGGUAACGGAAGUUCCGGUAACAGAAAGAGGAAGAAGAUAACGGAAGAGUCGAAGGAUGGUGGUAAGUUGAAGACUGGGAAUGGGAAGAAGUUUCGGGGGGUACGACAACGGCCUUGGGGCAAAUGGGCGGCUGAGAUUAGAGAUCCAUUGAGACGUGUCCGGCUCUGGUUAGGCACGUACGACACAGCCGAGGAGGCAGCAAUGGUGUACGAUCACGCGGCCAUCCAGUUGCGUGGUCCGGACGCGCUGACCAACUUCUCCACUCCUCAGGCGAAGGCUGACUCACCGGCGACAGCAGCAGCGGCUCCGCAUCCGCCGGAAUCCACCUGUUCCGGCUACAACUCCGGCGACGAGUCACACAACAACCAGCUCUCUCCCAAGUCGGUUCUCCGGUUCGCCUCGGCUUCCAACGACUCCUCCUGCAAUGAUGCGGAAGCCGAAGACUCGUCUUGUUUACAGAGUCCUCAACACGACGAAGUGGUUAAGGAAUCAUCCAUCCGAGAUUUCAGCGGCGAUGAGAUAUCCGUAUCCGAGAAUUUCUCGGACUAUUCGUUGAUCCCCAACGACUUGCUAUUCGAGUUUGAAAACCCGGUGGUGCCCGAUUUCAGCCACCUAUUUGAGGAAAAUGCCAACAUUUUUGGAGUCAAUUUGGAAGAUUUCUGCGGGAACCAUUUGUUUAUUGAUUCAAGUAACCGGGACUUGGAGUUCGGGUCAUCAAUGUGGGCCGGUGGAAUAACCGAUGACUUCUUUCAAGACUUUGGGGACAUAUUCGGGUCGGAUCCUUUGGUGGCACUUUGAAAAGCUGAAAAAAGAAAAGAUCAAUGAUGGAGCUUGUGAAUUAGUGGGAGGGAAGAUGUUCAGUUGUCUACUCAAUUUUGUUUGUGUUUAAUUAGCAUUUGUUAGUAAUGUUUAUUUUUUUUCCUCUAUUGUUGAGGAGAGAGUAUUAUUAGUGACUAGCGAGCGAAGUAAUUAUGUAAUGUAUUAUUAGUAAAGUUAAUUAUCAGUGUUAGUAUUAAAAUGAUAAGAAAAAAACCUCCGUCUUAUUAACCUUGGACGGACGAGAGAAAUUCAGAUAUAUGUUAAUGUUAUCAAUGGCACUUCCAAUUUU